AUGAUUCAGACACAAUUCCAGUCAAAAAUCCAAAUUCUAAAAUCUGAUAAUGCUCGGGACUAUUUCAACUCCAUUCUAGGAGAAUUUUUAGCCAAAGAAGGGAUAGUUCACUUAAGUUCAUGUGUUGACACCCCACAACAAAAUGGCAUCGCUGAACGGAAAAAUAGACAUUUGUUAGAUGUUGCUAGAUCGCUAAUGUUUUCCACAAAUGUUCCACAAUUCUUCUGGGGGGAAGCUGUUCUUACAGCAGCCUACCUUAUCAAUAGGAUGCCAUCUAGGGUACUACAAUUCCAAACUCCUUGUCAACUUCUCCUAAAAUCCUUUCCAACUACUCGCCUCAUCUCCACCAUCCCACCAAAAAUUUUCGGGUGCUCUGUCUUUGUUCAUAUCCAUCACCAGUAUCGAAGUAAACUUGAUCCCAGGUCGCUCAAGUGUAUCUUCAUUGGGUAUUCGUCACAUCAGAAAGGGUAUAAGUGUUACUCUCCGGUCACAAAGAAAUUCUAUAAUUCCAUGGAUGUCACAUUUUUUGAAACCCAGUCUUACUACCCUAAAAUUGAUAUUCAGGGGGAGACUCCAACCCAGGAAAAUCAAUUUUGGACCCUUGAGUCAUUUAGUGAGCCAUCCAUCACCACCAAAAAUCCCACACCUCCUGAGUCAUUGAAUCAAUCUUUACCUGCCGAAAAUUCCGAGUUCAUUGUUGCCUUGCGGGAUAAUGAACACAUCCAAGAGGAAAUGGAGGAAGGAGCACUUUCUCAACAAACCCAUGAGGCUGAACCGGGUUCUAAUCCAAGCAACAUUCCAGGUGACAAUCUUCCUCCCACAGAUAGUACUGAUAAUUCUGAGUUAGAAAAUAGUAUUCUUAAUAUGCCCAUAGCUUGGAGAAAAGGAGUUAGAUCAUGUACUCAGCAUCCCAUUGGGAACUUUAUUUCUUAUGAUAAGCUAUCACCUUCAUUCCGUGCCUUCACUUCUAGCAUCACAGAGAUACCCAUUCCUCAGAAUAUUCAGGAAGCCUUCAAGUCUCCUCAGUGGAAGGCGGCAGUCAAUGAGGAAGUUCGGGCUCUGGAAAAGAAUGGUACUUGGGACCUGUCAUUGCUUCCUUUGAAGCACUCCCUAGGAGGGAAAUUGGCAAUUAUCAUUGUUUAUGUGGAUGACAUAAUUCUAACAGGUGAUCAUGAAGAGGAAAUUGGCUUACUUAAAAAAUUCCUAACAAAGGAAUUUGAGAUUAAAGAUCUUGGAAAUCUUAAGUACUUUCUUGGAAUGGAGAUUGCUAGGUCAAAGAAAGGUAUAGCAGUCUCACAACGUAAAUACGUUCUAGACUUACUGAAUGAAACAGGGAUGCUAGGAUGCAAGCCGGCAGAAACUCCUAUGGACACAACUAUCAAACUGGAAGAAAGUGACGGUAGUGCACCAAGUGAUAAAGGGAGAUAUCAACGUCUUGUGGGAAAACUCAUUUAUCUUUCUCAUACAAGGCCAGACAUCGGCUUCUCUGUUAGUGUGGUCAGUCAAUUCAUGAAUAAUCCAACCGAAAAACACAUGACUGCUGUGAUCAGAAUAUUGAGGUACCUAAAAAGGACACCGGGAAAGGGUCUCUUCUUCCAAAGAACAACAAAUAGAAAAAUUGAGAUUUUUUCAGAUGCAGAUUGGGCAGGUUCAUUGACUGAUCGAAGAUCAACUUCUGGCUAUUGUUCGUUUGUUUGGGGGAACGUGGUUACAUGGCGAAGCAAGAAACAGUCAGUGGUAGCCCGUAGUAGUGCUGAGGCAGAAUUUCGUGCUAUGGCACUAGGUGUCUGUGAGGGAAUCUGGUUGAACAGGCUGUUAGAAGAAUUACGGGUUCCAUCUGAGCAUCCCAUGGUUUUAUACUGCGACAACCAAGCCGCCAUCAGUAUAGCUAAGAAUCCGGUUCAUCAUGAUCGAACGAAACACGUGGAGAUAGAUCGACACUUUAUCAAGGAAAAGAUUGAAGAAGGAGUUUUUCAAGUCAGCUACACUCCAACAAACUAUCAAAAGGCUGACAUUCUCACAAAAGCUCUUGCUCGCGUUAACUUCGAAGAUCUGACGGAAAAAUUGGGAUUGAUUAACAUCUACAACGUAGCUUGA